UUCCACGUGCGCCUAAGAUCACGUGGUGAGGCAGCGACCAAUAGCGGAGUGUGUCGUGUAGCCGAGCAGCUGGUGACAGAGUGGGCGGGUCCGGGUGUCAAUGCAGAUAAGUCCUGAGCGAUCAGGCGGCUGUGGCUUUACUGGAGUUGGGGACCUCCGUGAUGGCUUCAGCUCAAUCUGUGCUCACGUUUGCUGUUUGUAUCUUAUUAAUAUCUGAGGUCAUAUUGGCAAAAAAGACUUACUAUGAUGUUUUGGGGGUUCCGAAAAGCGCUUCAGAGCGUCAGAUCAAGAAAGCUUUCCACAAGCUUGCGAUGAAGUAUCAUCCCGAUAAAAAUAAAAGCCCUGAUGCGGAGGCCAAAUUUCGGGAAAUAGCUGAAGCAUACGAGACCCUUUCGGAUGAAAAUAAACGGAAGGAAUAUGACCAGUUUGGCCAUGAUGCCUUUACAAAUAGUGGAAGAGGAGGAGGAGGCAACGAAAAAUAUUUCCAUCAGCAUUUUAAUUUUGAAGACCUCCUCAAAGAAUUUGACUUUUUUGGUGAGAGUCAGCACACUCGAUCAAAAAGACACUUUGAAAACCACCAUUUUAGGAGCCACCAGGAUCCAUCUAACAGGCACAGGCGUCACUUUGAUGACUUUGCAUUCGGCAGAGGUUUAUUUAAUGACAUGUUUGAAGAUAUGGAGAAAAUGUUUACAUUUGGCAGCUUUGGGGAUGUACCAAGACCCAAUGUAAGAACUGAGCAAAGAUUUCAGGGGUCCAGCAAGCAUUGUAGAACUGUCACUCAACGAAGAGGAAACAUGGUCACAACCUACACAGAUUGUUCAGGGCAGUGAUCAGCAGAAGCUCGAAUUUCUACAAAGCUGCGCAAAAGCCUAGGAACUAACAAAUAAAAGCUUUA